CUCCACGCAGCAUAGCUUUCCAUAAUGCUUGCUGUGUCUUGUUUAACUUUGUUUGCACUUCACUGCUGAUCUAAAUUUUGUCAUCGAGUACUUUUUACCUGCGCUUCACCGGCCGUCUCCGGGUUCCGGUGAGAUUGUAAAGACAUACCUGAAAUUCGGAUGGCUGCGGUGAACGCCAGUGUCUCUCAGAGAAGCCGAUGGAGGAGCCAAGAUCACAGCUGCCUUUUUGAGCUGCAGGAGGAAGUCCCAUAAUCCACUGAAGUCUCCGAAUGUGUUCGUGGUGCCAUGACUGAGACGGUGAUGAGCAGCAGCUCAGAUCGCUGGGUGUCCAACGACAGGCCGGUAACUAUGCACGCGAGUGAUAAAGAGCAGGGCAACUGGACCAUGCAGCCGAGCCCUGGUCCUGGCUCCGCUGCUCCAGAGCUGACAGAUGAAGAAAAAGAAAUUAUAAACAAUGUGAUCGCCCGAGCUGAGAAAAUGGAGGUCAUGGAGCAGGAGAGGAUUGGGCGUUUAAUAAACCGCUUGGAUGACAUGAAGAAGACUGUGUGUGGGGAUGGACUCUCCCGCUGUGUGCUUUGCGGGGAGCAGCUGGGCACACCUGGAGUCAGCUCAGUGGUGUGUGAGGACUGCAAAAAGAACAUGUGUACUAAGUGUGGCACUCAGUGCGGCAGCAGGCCACGUGCUGUGUGGUUGUGCAAAAUCUGCAGGGAACAGCGAGAGGUGUGGAAGAGGUCUGGUGCCUGGUUCUUUAAAGGAUUCCCUAAACAAUUCCUUCCUGCGCCCAUGCCGUUAUCCAAGCCGAAAGCCGCAGAGCUCAAAGGGCCAAAAGCUUUCGAACCCAAGGAGGAAGCAACUCAACAACCUGGAGCGGAGCCAAAGGGCCGUGCGGGUUACCCACCUGUGGCACCUAAGCCCUCGGCUGCACGAAUGACCACAGGCACUGCUGGCCCUGAAGAGGCUGGGCAGGCAAGCCCGGUGGCGAUGAAGAGGAUGGUACCUGUUCAAAGCACCAGACCGCAGCCGAGUGUCACACCCUCGGUGGCUCCACAGGGCACCGUGGGACGGGAUGGAGGCGCUUACUCUUCUGGUGCAAUCCCUUCAGAGCAGAGAGCGCCUCCUGCUGUAGGACAGGAGAGGAGGCAGCCGGCGGCCUACAGUGCUCCUCCCCCUCGACAUCAACCUCCUCCGCCCGAGGAGGAAGAAGACGUCAACGACUAUGACUCUGAUGAAGCCACCACUCUGGGCUCUCUGGAGUUCAGUCUGAUGUACGAUCAGGAGAGCAACAGCCUUCACUGUAGCAUCCUCAAAGCAAAGGGCUUGAAACCAAUGGAUUCAAAUGGACUGGCGGAUCCUUAUGUCAAGCUUCACCUGCUUCCUGGGGCAAGCAAGUCAACAAAGCUGCGCACAAAAACCUUGAGGAACACUCGCAACCCGGCGUGGAAUGAGACACUCACCUACCAUGGCUUGACCGACGAAGACAUGCAGCGCAAGACCCUCAGGCUGUCGGUGUGCGACGAGGACAAGUUUGGCCACAACGAGUUCAUUGGGGAGACCCGAGUGGCGCUGAAGAAGCUGAAGCUGAACCAGAAGAAAAACUUCAACGUGUGUCUGGAGAGAGUUGUACCAACAAAGAGAACUGCAACAGCCGGUGGAGCUCGAGGCAUCUCUCUCUACGAAGAUGAGUCUGCAAAAGAUGGUGGAGAGGUUGAGGAACGCGGUCGCGUCCUUAUCUACCUUAUGUACAGCACCCAACAGAACCGCCUCAUUGUGGGUGUUGUGCGCUGCGUUCAUUUGGCCGCCAUGGAUGCUAAUGGAUACUCUGACCCUUAUGUCAAAAUAGUUCUGAAACCUGACAUGGGGAAAAAGGGCAAGUGCAAAACCCAGAUCAAGAAAAAGACUUUAAACCCAGAGUUUAAUGAGGAAUUCAGCUUUGACAUUAAACACAGUGAACUGGCCAAGAAGACUUUGGAUGUCUCCGUGUGGGAUUAUGACAUUGGGAAGUCCAACGACUACAUCGGUGGCUGUCAGCUGGGCAUCACUGCCAAAGGAGAGCGGCUAAAACACUGGUAUGAGUGUUUGAAGAACAAGGACAAGAAGAUUGAGCGCUGGCACACCUUGGUGAACGAAAACCACACCGCUAGUGAUUAACAACGUGUAACAAACACAGCAUGAGCUAAAAACAUCCUCUUAUGGUCUGUAUUCACUUCCUUGCGCACCUUUUCUACACUGCGUUCUUUUGAUUUGAUUUCACUCGACAGUUGACACUGCUCUUAAUCGAUACUCAGUCCACCGAGGCUAUGUCCACAGACACACAUGUAAUUUUAAAAACAGACUCCAGGGUAAAAAAAAAAAAAAAAUUGAAAAAAAAUUUAAUCUCAGUCCACACCAAUGGCCUUUAAUUACGAGAAAACACAGUCGAGCGCAGAGUUUGCAUGCGGAGGAAAAUGUCAAAGCAUAUGGAAAAAAUACUCGUGUUUAUGUGGAUUUAGCCAGACACGUCAUAAAGGUGUCCUUAUAUGCGUUGACAAACAGCAGCACAAAGACCCUAAUCAGUCCCUCCAGAAUUAGGGUUAGUCCACAAUUGCGCCAAUUCACCGCAAAUUCGAACAAUUUUCUAAUGGCCACAAAUUCCCCGUCCAUUUUGGUCAAUCACCAUCAUUUUCGCCAAUUGAUUUUGUCUUGGCGUGGCACUCAAACGUUCUCAUCAACUCUCUCUGUUAUAGUGUAGACCAGGGGUCGGCAACCCAAAAUGGUGAAAGAGACAUAUUGGACCAAAAAUACAACAACAAAAAAUCGGUCUGGAGCCGCAAAAAAAUCAAAGCCUUAUAUAAGUCUUAUAAUGAAGGCAACACAUGAUGUGUCUAUAUUUGCUAUAUUAGCCUACUAUCAAAGGCUGACGUAAAUCUCCAUUGACAGAAAUGUUGUGUUUUUUUUAUUGUACACAUUUUUGCAACAUUGGAAAACAUUAGUAAAAUGGAGGCUUCUCAAAGGGUGGGAUAACUUGCAGUCAUGGAUUGACCAAAUAUGCCCGAUUAGCACUCAAGCAAGUCAAUGAAAUCAACAAUGCACACCUUUGUGCAUUCACGCAUAGCAUAAAACUUUUGGUGGACAAAAUGAGACAAAGGAGUUAGUGGCAUAAAACUUUAAAAAAACUUCUGAGGCAGCAUCAGAAAAAGUUACAAACUACGAUGAGUUCAAGGAUCGCUGACAUUAGUAGGACAAAACGGUGCUUUCCAAAUACUCAUCAGUGAAGCACGUAUAAUAUAAACAGUGGGAUUUCCAACAAUUAAGGUUUUUGUCAUUUUUGUUCUCCUACAAAAAAUAUAUUUUUCUUCAUCUUUUUCCAUUUUUACACAUCUCUGAAAGAGGUCUAGGGAGGCGUUAAAGUGCCGCAUGCAGCUCUAGAGCCGCAGGUUGCUGACCCCUGGUGUAGACUAAACAGAAACAGUAACUUGUAACAAUAUAUCAACUCUUUCAUGCUCAAACGACACAAUUGUGAUCCUCACCUGUGGAUUAGAUUUACUUUCGGUUGCUGUCUACGGCGCUAAAACUUCAAGAUAAUGUAGUAUGUAAACUUUUGCCUCAUAAUUUACAUGUAUUUAUAUGUUUAAUCAAUUUUUAUCUAUCCAGAAUAAGUCAUUUAAGAACAGUCUUAUUUGAAAGCAUAUACCAACAAAAAUGCUAGCUCUUUUCGCUAAUUUUGCAGGUAUAAACAUCAUAUUUUGGUACUUGGUGUAAGCUAAUUGUUCACAUGCAAACUAGAUUGAAAUUUUUAGAUUAGAUUUAGGUUUAUUGGUCCCCGUUGGGGAAAUUCAUUUUCACUGCCGUACAUUUAAACAUAUAGACAUUACACAUCACAAAGCAAAAAUAACAGAAAGACAUCAUACAUAAAUGUUAGUUUGCCAGCUUUUUUUUUUUUAGCUUAUUUUAGAGAUACACUUCUUAAAGUUACAUAUUUUGUUACUAAUAAUAAUAAUACAUUUUAUCUUAGCGCUUUUCUGAGCACUCAAAGACGCUUUACAGGAUAGUACUUGACGCUAUAUGGCUAGCGUGCUAAAUAUUAGCAUUUCUAGUUAGAUUUUCAGCAUUCACACACAAUCUGUGCCCAAAUUGCAUUUUCUAGUUACCAUUGUUAGUUAUAGUGAAUUGAGAGAGAACAGUAAUUUAACAAUGAGCACUCAGUGAUUUUACUCCCAUCAAUAAUCUACUUUUAAGUAUGUGUGGUAUGGAACAAUUAAAACGUCAACACGGUAUUUGUUUUCCAAUGUUUCUUGAAAUCCUGGGCUUUUUGAGGUUAAGGUUACAAGAAAACUUUAUGGCACAAUUGUUGUCCUCCCUCGGGCGGCGUGGCACGGUUGGGAGAGUGGCCAUACCAGCAACCUGAGGGUUCCUGGUUCGAUCACCACCUUCUACAAAACCUUAUCAUGUCCGUUGUGUCCUUGAGCAAGACACUUCACCCUUGCUCCUGAUGGGUGAGUGUUAACAACAUUGGGAAACAUUAGUAAAACUUCUCAGAAGGUGAGAUAACUCCUGGAAAUGACUGUCUUCGAAUGGCCAAAGGCUGUCUUCUUCUAAUGGAUUUAUUACAAUCUUUGCUGUGGUCUGGAGCAACAUGACGCACAAACAACUAUCAGAAAUGCAGCCAAUAUUACAUACAGAUAAUGUGUCAUGAAACAUGGCAAAAUAAACGCAAUACCCACAAAGGAAAUUAAAUUAGCUCAUAUACAGCUACAAAUGAGGCAUAAUGAUCAGAGGUGGGUAGAGUAGCCAGAAAUUGUACUUAAGUAAGAGUACUGUUACUUUAGAGAUGUAUUACUCAAGUAAAGGUAAGGAGUAGUCAACCAAAUAUUUACUUGAGUAAAAGUAAAAAGUAUGUUGUGAAAAAACUACUCAAGUACUGAGUAACUGAUGAGUAACCUGAUUACGGCAACAAAUAAUGCACAACAACAUAAAAAUAGCAAUGAGCAAAUUCAGAGCCAGGAAUAUCUCUUAAGCAACUAAAAAAAUAAUAUAUAUUAAAUAAUAAUACAUUAAAAUAAAAUUUAAAAAUGGCACAUUGAGCCACAAUAACUUAACAGCACCAUAGCCUCAGUAGGCAUUCAUUGAUUUGAUAGAUUGAUUGAUUGAUUAAAACUUGUAUUAGUAGAUUGCACAGUACAGUACAUAUUCCGUACAAUGGACCACUAAAUGGUAACACCCCAAUAAGUUUUUCAACGUUUAUCAAUUACUUAGUAAAUGACCAAGUCGAGGUGAUCUACCUCAUAUAUACAUAUACAUACACACAUAUCAUUUAUACACACACAUAUCAUACAUACACACACAAAUCAUUUAUUCACACACAUAUCAUAUAUAUAUAUAUAUAUAUAUAUAUAUAUAUACAUAUGUAUAUAUGUAUCUACAUACAUUUAUACAUACAGUAUAUAAUUUAUAUUUAUUUAUUUUGCCGUUUUUGUUCACAUGUUAAAGGUGUUUUAAUGAAUAUACAUGCAUGUUUAACAUAUAGAUUCCUAUCUUUCAUGAAGACAAGAAUAUAAGUUGGUGUAUUACCUGAUUCUGAUGACUUGCAUUGAUUGGAAUCAGACGUCCACAUUUUCAAAUGGAGGAGAAAAAAUGUUCCUCUUUUCUGUCUAAUACCACAUGAAAGUCGUUGGUUUUUGGCAUCUUAUUUGUCCAGCUUCCAUAUUCGUUUUUAUACACUUUACAAGAAAUACAUUGGCAACAAACUCCGUAGUUUGCUAGCUUGUUUGCGCUGGCUUUCGGAGACUCUUAUUUUGUUAGCGCAGGCGCGAUGGAGCGGCACUUUUAUUGUGAAGACAGGAACUGUGCGAUCAGUCUUUAGGUUUUUGACGGGAGGUACGGUUGAUAUAAAAAGUGUCUUUUUUCCUUUACACUUUUGAUUGAUUGAUUGAAACUUUUAUUAGUAGAUUGCACAGUACAGUACAUAUUCCGUACAAUUGACCACUAAAUGGUAACAUCCCAAUAAGUUUUUCAACUUUUUUAAGUCGGAUUCGACGUGUGACCGUCAUGUGACCGCCUGGGUCUGUUUGAUUGGUCCAACGUCACCAGUGACUGCAUGUGAUUGGUGAAACGCCGGCAUGCGUAGAUCUUACUUUGAAGCUCCGUCAUUAACCAAAACAAACAUUAAUAGAUUGAUAAAAAAAAGUAGCGAGUAGCGAGCUGAAUGUAGAUAAAUGGAGCGGAGUAAAAGUAGCGUUUCUUCUCUAUAAAUAUACUCAAGUAAAAGUAAAAGUAUGUUGCAUAAAAACUACUCGUAGAAGUACAAUUUAUCCCAAAUGUUACUCAAGUCAAUGUAACGGAGUAAAUGUAGCGCGUUACUACCCACCUCUGAUAAUGAUGCAAUAUUUACAUACAGAUAGCCUAAAUAGCACAUUAGCAUCGAUUAGCUUGCAGUCAUGGAGUGACCAAAUAUGCCUGAUUAGCAUUUAACACAAAACGAUAACAUCAACUAAGCUCAGUUUGGUGCAUUCACGCACAGUAAAAAACGCUUGGUGGACAAAAUGAGAAAAGAGUGGCAUAAAACACGUCUUUCUGUGGCAGAGUUGGAGAAAGUUGUACAUGUAAAUAAAGUCACCAUCCACACAAUGGUGAGUUCAAGGGCCGCUGAAAUUAGUAGGACAAAACGGCGCAUGAACACAAACUACAGAUGUCCGAUAAUAUCGGAAUGCCGAUAUGUUACAAAAAGUAAAAUUUAUGACUUUCUAAAAUGCCACUGUGUACACGGAUGUCGAGAGGAGUACAGAGCGCCAAUAAACCUUAAAGGCACUGCCUUUGCGUGCCGGCACAACAUAAUAUCUACGGCUUUUCAAACAGACAAGUGAAUGCAUGGCAUAUUUGGUCAACAGCCAUUCAGGUAACACUGAGGGUGGCCGCAUAAACAACUUUAACACUGUUACAAAUAAGCGCCACACUGUGAACCCACACCAAACAAGAAUGACAAACAAAUUUCGGGAGAACAUCCACACUGUAACACAACAUAACAAAUACCCAGAAUCCCUUGCAGCACUAACUCUUCUGGGACGCUACAAUAUACAUCCCCACUACCGCUACCCCGCCCACCUCAUCCUCCUCAUGGUCUCUCAGGGAGAGCAUGUCCCAAAUUCCAAGCUGCUGUUUCGAGGCAUGUCAAAAAAAAUAAUGCACAUUUUGACUUCAAUAAUAAAUAUGGCAGUGCCAUGUUGGCAUUUUUUUCCAUAAUUUGAGUUGAUUUACUUUAGAUAAUAUUGUUACAUUGUUUAGUGCAUCCAGCGGGGCAUCACAACAAAAUGUUAAUUCCACGACUGUUUAUAUCGGUAUCGGUUGAUAUCAGAAUCGGUAAUUAAGAGUUGAACAAUAUAGGAUAUGGGCAAAAAAGCCAUUAUCGGACACCUCUAACACAAACAUCUUAAAACAGUGGGCUUUCUAACAAUUAGGAAGGUUUGUGUCGUGUUAGUCCUCCGACAGAAACCAUAUUACAACAAAAAAUAUAUUUUUCACCCCAUUUUUUUCCAUUUCCUUACAUUUUUGAAAAAAAAGCUCCAUGCCGCAUGUGGCUCUAGAGCUGCGGGUUGCUGACCCCCGGGUUAAGGUUACAAGAAACACGUAAGACAUUAAUUAAUAAAACCACAAGUUGAUUCAAAGUUUUUGGAAAAAAAAAAAAGGCCUCAAAAUGUCGCAACUUUUGCCGAAACUUUCUAAAAAAAAAAAAUACAAAAAAUGCUUAAAAGGCUACCGCGAAUUCAACAAUCACAAAAAAAUCCCACAAAAUCCUGGAGGGACUGCAUAAUACUGCUCAGUGCUGUUUAUAGAGUGUUGAGCCCGAGACAAUGUUUACUUGAGAGGCAUUGAACAAGAAAAGCAAUAUGUUAUCAUGAAAGCAGAGUGCUUACGCCUAAACAUCCAUCGCGUUGAUUUCCGGUGUGAUGAUGUCACGCCUGACACUUGAACUGUAUAAGCAUGCCACAACAUCCACCUGCCCACUGCUCUCCUGAACAUAAUGUACAUAACCAUGAAGAAAUGUUUACAUUCUGAUACAUUGCUCAGGUUAGGAUGAAAAAAAAAAAGAUAUAUAGGUGACUCAUGAGUAUUUGGAUCUUUCACCGGUUGAUGUUAUUUUGUGAUUAGAGCACACCAAGUUAAAUAUUAGGAGUGUGUGUGUGUGUGUGUGUACUGUAUGUAUGGUAAAUAAGCUGUGACAUUUAAAGGCCUACUGAAAUGAGAUUUUCUUAUUUAAACGGGGAUAGCAGCUCCAUUCUAUGUGUCAUACUUGAUCAUUUCACGAUAUUGCCAUAUUUUUGCUAAAAGGAUUUAGUAGAGAACAUCGACGAUAAAGUUUGCAACUUUUGGUCGCUAAUAAAAAGGCCUUGCCUGUACCGGAAGUAGCAGACGAUGUGCGCGUGACGUCACGGGUUGUAGGGCCCCUCACAUCCUCACAAUGUUUACAAUCAUGGCCACCAGCAGGGAGAGAGAUUCAGACCGAGAAAGCGACGAUUUCCCCAUUAAUUUGAGCGUGUAAGAAAGAUUUGUGGAUGAGGAUAGUGAAAAUGAAGGACUAGAAAAAAAAAAAGGUGAGGGCAGUGGGAGCGAUUCAGUUAUUAGACAGAUUUACUAGGAUAAUUCUGGAAAAUCCCUUAUCUGCUCAUUGGGUUACUAGUGUUUUAGUGAGAUUAUAUGGUACCUGAAAGUCGGAGGGGUGUGGCCACGGGUGUGGUGACCGCCAGUGUCUCCGGUGGGAGGAGGCAAGAGAGUCCGCAGCUGCAGGAGGACGCAAGCUCCGCUCAUGUCUACGGUAAGAGCCGACUUAUUACCACAAUUUUCUCACCGAAACCUGCCGGUUGACAUGUGGUCGGGAACCAUGUUCGCUUGACCGCUCUGUUCCAUAGUAAAUCUUCACCUUCGGGAAUUUAAACAAGGAAACACCGGCUGUGUUUGUGUCGCUAAAGGCAGCUGCAAUACAACUCUUCCCACCUCCAUCUUUCUACAUUGACUUCUCCAUCAUUAAUUGAACAAAUUGCAAAAGAUUCAGCAACACAGAUGUCCAGAAUACUGUGUAAUUCUGCGAUUAAAGCAUACUACUUAUAGCUUGGAUCGGGCUGGAAAAAAAUGUCCGCUACAACCCGAGACGUCACGCGCACGCUUCAUCAUACCGACGUUUUCAACAGGAUACUUCGCGCAAAAUUUAAAAUUGCAAUUUAGUAAACUAAAAAGGCCGUAUUGGCAUGUGUUGCAAUGUUAAUAUUUCAUCAUUGAUAUAUAAACUAUCAGACUGCGUGGUCGGUAGUAGUGGGUUUCAGUAGGCCUUUAAGUUGGUGAUAAUUGGCACUCUAGCAGGUUUUAUACGUCAGUUUUUACAUGGAAUGCGCACAGUUAGCAAAUUAGCCAGGAAGUAUUUCUGCAGCUUUUACCUGCAUGCACUGUGCUCGUGACUCUCAUGUGCCUGCGGCAGUAGUGGCCCACUCUUACCCCGACACACCAUUUUUGCACAAUGCAGGGUUAUUCUGCCACUCCCCCCCCCACUAACCAUUCACGGCUUUAGCCUGUGCUCAAGGAUCACCGCAAACCAAGGAAAGCACACCGAACAAAGUGGAAUGACCUCGAUCUAUACAGCUGUUCGCUUAAGUUAGUCCAAAUACAAAAAAAACAGGAGUUCUAUGCAUGGCGUUUAUUGUAGUACAAGUAGUAUACAAAUCCAUAUAGCGAGAUGUAUACGGUUCCUGUAUAUCUAGUCAUAUACAGUAUAUAUACUUUGUGAGAAUAAUGCUGACUACCAUUGAUGUUUACAAUGCUUCAUUCACAAGAGGCCAUGUUCUGCAUGACGGUGGCGUCAUUUGACUCAACGACUUAUUUGAUAAGCUUCUAAUCACAUGAGCAAGGCUCUAACUGGUAGCAGAUUUAAAGAGAGUCUUUCAUCACUGUCUUGUUGUCUCCGCACAACAUCCCUGCUCCUUGUGGCGGCGUGCAAAGCACCUGCCAGUAGCAUCUUAUAUAACGUUAGCCGAUUCCGUGCUGCUUUUGGCAACAGCGGCCAUUACCUGAAAUCAACACAGGUCACGUUUGAUUGAUUGUUUGCUUUUAAGAGGCUUCUCUCAGAGCUAAAACGGACAGCUAAUGUAUCUUCUACUUCAUCCUGCAAGUCUCUGUUGUUGUAAAUAGAGUAGUGCAUGCACUGGGAACAUGUAUGUUUGCACAAAAUGUUGCAUGUGAAAAUUUUGCAGCGUUAACACAGGUCAAUAAAGACAAAUAAAAGCUU